AUGCCCGUCGGCGGAGACUUGACACUAGACGACAUUCACGACCGAGAAGUUCGAGGCAAGGUGCAGCGACUCCAUGGGUUGUUCCCUUCGGUGAGGAUUAUGGACCUGAAAAGCCAACUCAUGCUUAAUCGUGGUAACUUUGAGCGAACCUUUGAUUGGUUUAGCGACUUAACUAAGAGUGAUGAGAGUGAAAGCGACGAUCAACCGGUGAUUCUGGAUCGGUCGCAAGUGAAGGCGCCUAGGACCACCGCGAAGAGGCAGUUGACGAAUAAGAAGACUAUUCAGGAGAAAUGGGCAUCAACUCAACGUCCUGCGGAAGCAGAUUCGGACGCGAAGAAGCCUCGACGGAGACUCGUGCAAGGCGUUCGGCAACGAUCCCAGUCCGCUGAUGCAGACAGCACUCCUAAAGAGGUGGUUGAGAUCGACUCUGAUGAUGACGAUGUCGUUGAAAAGUCUGAAUACGAUGACUUCAAGACCGCAAAAACCGUUGCUCAACUGAAUGCCUAUCUCCUCAAGUACAUAAACAAGUGCAGCAAGGACGAUCUCCGUGAUGUCUCCAACCAGAACGAUGAAGUCAUUGACGAGGUUCUUUCUCGCCGACCAUUCAAAUCCAUCACCGCCGUUCGCGGCAUUGUCAUCGAGUCCGUUACAACCGGAAAGAACGGACGUCAACGGACAACCAAGAAACAGAUUGGCGAUCGGUUGGUCGAGUCGUGCUUGGAGAUCUUGGAAUCGUACCAAGCCGUGGACAAGCUCGCGGCGGAGUGCCAAAAGCUAGGAAACCCGAUGCAGGAGCAAAUGAUACGCUGGGGGUUCGAUGCUGCGGGUGCGAAGCAGCUGGGAGAGAUGUCUUUCAUCGGGAGCAACUCGCCGCGUGAUUCAGGUGUUGGCACGCCCUCGCCCGAUGUGUCCCAGGACGAUGAGAUUGUUCCGCAAAAGAGGAGGGGCGUAAGGGAGCGGCAUGGCUGGAUCACCCAGCCUUCGAUCAUGUCUCGGGAUGUGAAGCUGAAGGACUACCAGGUCGUCGGCUUGAACUGGUUGAACUUGUUGUGGCGGGAGAACCUCUCUGGAAUCCUGGCCGAUGAGAUGGGUCUGGGAAAGACGUGCCAGGUCAUCGCCUUCUUGACCCACCUUCGCCAGAUUCAAACCCGAGGAGUAAGUAUAGUCGUUGUUCCUGGCUCCACGCUUGAGAAUUGGCUCCGCGAGUUCCGGAACUUCUCUCCUCAACUCCGUGUCGAGCCAUACUACGGGGGCCAAUACGAGCGUCCCGAGCUGCGUGAAAACAUCCGACACAAUAUCAAGUCGAUCGACGUCAUCAUCACGACCUACGAUAUUGCUUGGAAAGUCCCCGACAAUUCCUUCCUCCGCAAGCUGGAGAUCAACGUCGCCGUGUUCGAUGAAGGCCAUUAUCUGAAGAACCAGCGCACACAACGCCACACAUCGCUCAUGCGAAUCGCGGUCGAAGCCGAGUGUCGGCUUUUGCUGACGGGCACCCCGCUCCAGAAUAACCUGGCGGAACUCGCUUCGAUCCUUUCCUUUAUGAUGCCGGAGGUAUUCUCCCGGCACAAGGACGCGCUGGAUUCGAUUUUCAAAUACAAAGCAAAGACGAACGACACAGACCACAAGGGAUUGUUGUCCACCCAGCGCAUCAUCCGCGCGCGCUCCAUGAUGGCUCCGUUCAUCCUUCGACGCAAGAAGCAGCAGGUUCUCAAAGAUAUGCCGAAGAAGACGGGCCGGGUGGUUUACUGUGACCUUUCGGACCGCCAGCGUGUAAUCUAUGACGAGAUCCUCGAGAAGGAACGACAAGCCAUCCUUGCGCGACAACGCGGUGAGAAAGCUGACAACAUCGCCUUGAUGUCGGAAUUACGGAAGGCGUCGAUCCAUCCGCUCCUCUUCCGUCGGAUUUAUGACGACCGCACGAUUCACCGUAUGUCCCGUGACGCCGUGAAAGAAGAGCCGUUCCGCGACUCCAGGGUCGACUACGUCUACGAGGACAUGGAGAUCUACAGCGACUUCAACCUGAACCAUCUGUGCGAGCAACAUCCGACGCACCUCGGGAAAUACAUGCUGCAAAACGACGAAUGGCUAGACUCCGGCAAGGUCGCAGUGCUCUGCGACCUCCUCCGCACCUUCGACGCCAACGGCGACCGCACCCUGCUAUUCUCCCAGUACACGAUGAUGAUGGACAUCCUCGAGCGGGUGCUCGACCACCUCGACCUGCCAUACUGCCGAAUCGACGGCGGCACCGCCAUCUCGGAUCGCCAGUCGCUGAUCGACGAGUUCACCGCCGACACGUCCCUCAAAGUAUUCAUGCUCUCCACGAAAGCCGGUGGUACGGGGAUCAACCUCGCGGCGGCGAACAAGGUCAUCAUCUUCGACAUGUCGUUCAAUCCACAAGAAGAUGUGCAGGCGGAGAACCGGGCGCACCGGGUGGGGCAGACGCGGGAGGUGGAGGUGAUUCGGCUGGUGAGCCGGGGCACGAUCGAGGAGAAGAUCUUGGGGUUGGGGAGUAGUAAGUUGGCGUUGGAUGAUCGGGUGGCGGGAUUGGAGGGGGAUGGGGAGAAGGAUCGGGGCGGGGAGGAGGUGGAGAAGAAGGGGGCGGAGAUGGUGGAGGGGUUGUUAGCGGAGGAGUUGGGGUUAGGGAGGGAGGGGGGUUUGAAGGAGGGAUUGUUGGAUGGGUUGAAGAAGGCGGGGUUGGAUAUGUCGGCGGCUUGA